AGAGGAACAUGGCCGAUAUACGACAGUGGUUAUUUUAUAUGACCAUCAUCUUUGUGGUAUAUAUUAAGUAUAUAAAUGGACAACUAAGAUUUGGAUAUAAUAAUAGAUAUAUAUGUCAUUGUAUUGGAGGAGAUUGUAAAUAUGAUACAGGUUACUGCUCUAGUGGUAGAUGUCAGAAAGGAUGGCACGGUUCUUCUUGUCAAAAAGAAAAUGUUGCAUUUAACAAAAAUACGUGGCAGAGCUCAACCUAUUGGGACGAGAAUGGACGAAGAUAUUCUCAUUAUGCAGUAGAUGGUGAUACUCGUCAUGCCCAGGAAUAUAAUAAAUGUACCCAUACGGCUGGUGGCCAAACAAAUGCUUCAUGGGGAGUAGAUUUAGGACAAAGUUAUCCUGUUAAUAACAUAAAGAUAUAUGCAAGGGAUUACCACAUCGGUUAUAGAUUUAAAGGAUUCAAAUUAUUCGUAGAUGAACAUAAGCAAACAAAUCAACAUCCGUGUAGACCAGAAGAUAAUUAUGAUUCAAGGAAUAAGCCUAAUGGAUUUAUGGUAUACUGUAACAGUGCAGGAAGAUAUAUAACUAUUACCAAUGACAAGUAUACACUACAAACAAGCGUUUUUGUGAAUCUCUGUGAAGUUGAAGUUUAUGUUUGUUCAGUUGGUACCUUUGGACCAGAUUGUGCAUCAUUGUGUUACUGUCAAUCACCUGGUGAUAGAUGUCACCCAGUCACAGGUCAAUGUCCUUACGGAUGUGCUGUUGAAUUUACUGGAACCAGUUGUAAUAUAAAACAACCAAGAUUUGGAUAUAAUGAUAGAUAUAUAUGUCAUUGUGAUGAAGGAUAUUGUGAUACUAAUACAGGUGUCUGUUCUAGUCGUAAAUGUGAGAAAGGAUGGUAUGGUUCGUCAUGUCAAAAAGAAAAUGUUGCCUUUAACAAAAAUACGUGGCAGAGCUCAGCCUAUUGGGAUGGGUAUAGAUAUAGAGAUUCUAGUUAUGCAGUAGAUGGUGAUACUAAUCAUAGCGAGGAAUAUAAUUAUUGUACCCAUACGGCUGGUGGCAGAACAAAUGCUUCAUGGGGAGUAGAUUUAGGACAAAGUUAUCCUGUUACUAAUAUAAAAAUAUAUGCAAGGGAUCUACAUAUCACUUAUAGAUUUAAAGGAUUCAAAUUAUUCGUAGAUGAACGUAACCAAACAAAUCAACACCCGUGUAGACCAGAAGAUAAUUAUGAUUCAACGAAUAAGCCUAAUGGAUUUAUGGUACACUGUAACAGUGCAGGAAGAUAUAUAACUAUUACCAAUGACAAGUCUACACGAGAACUAAGCGUUUUUGCGAAUCUCUGUGAAGUUGAAGUUUAUGCUUGUUCGGUUGGUACCUUUGGACCAGAUUGUGCAUCAUUGUGUUACUGUCAAUCACCUGGUGAUAAAUGUGAUCCAGUCACAGGUCAAUGUCCUAAUGGAUGUGCUGAUGGAUUUACUGGAACAAGUUGUAAUACAAAAUGUUACCAGUCUUCAUAUGGUAAAGAUUGUUCUAAAGAUUGUUAUUCACGUCACUGUCGACAGGCUUCUCUAUGUAACCAUGUGGAUGGUAAAUGUAAUAACAGAGGAUGCAGUGCAGGAUAUCAAGGUGGUGAUUGUACACAAGAAUGUAAUCAGACUAUAAACUAUGGAGAAAAUUGUAAUAAUUUAUGUAAAGAUAGAAACUGUCUGAUAUCAACAUCAUCAUGUGAUAUAGAGUAUGGAAGAUGUGAAGGAGGAUGUAAACCAGGUUGGAGGGGUGAUGACUGUAAACAAGGCAAGUUCCAUCAAUGUUAG